CCCCCAGCCUGGCUUCCCAGCGGAGGAGGCGGUGUCUCUCCCGCAGGACAGAGCCCUGCUGGGCGGCCGCGCGGCAGGGGCGGUGAAGCCAGGCAGGGGGCGCCGCGCUCGGUCACCGGUGACUGACGGCGGCGGCUCCGGGCGAGCGCGGUCCCCGCGUGCGCACACGCACACGCCGCCGCGCAGGGACAGACGGACCCCGGCCGCCGGCGGCCACAGGACGCGGAGUCCGGGCUGGGCGCGCGCUCCUCGGCUCGCUUGCUCAGCUGCAGGCGUCUUGGAGACCCCGGCCGCCGCCAGGCCCGCGGUGAGCAGCCUGUGGACACCUUGGGGCUACCGGGCACUGCCAGGACAGGAGGCCAGCUGUGCUGGCUGAGAAGCACCAUGGCUGGCACCCUGCAGGUCCCCCUGGCUGCUGUCCUCCUGCUGCCUGUGGUUGCUGCCAUGCACUCUGACUGCAUCUUCAAGAAGGAGCAAGCCUUGUGCCUGAAGAAGAUCCAGAGUGCCUACGACCUUCUGGGCUUGAACGAUUCCUCUCUGGAUGGGAGAAGAGCCUUUGCCCUCCUGAGUCUGUCUGAGGAGAAGGUCUCAUCUCUCUACUCUACCCUCCUGGAGUCAGAAGGGUGCCCCGGCAUGUGGGACAACAUCACAUGCUGGAAGCCGGCCCGUGUGGGUGAGGUUGUUGAGGUCAGCUGCCCUGAACUCUUCCAGAUCUUCAACCCAGACCAAGUCUGGGAGACAGAAAACACCGAUAAGGGCUUGGUGAGCCGGAACUGCACCGAAGAAGGCUGGUCUGAGCCCUUUCCUCAUUACUUUGAUGCAUGUGGAUUUUAUGAGAAUGAAACUGAGCCUGAAGACCAGGAUUAUUACUACUUAUCAGUGAAGGCCCUCUACACGGUUGGUUACAGCACCUCCCUGGUCACUCUCACCACAGCUAUGGUCAUCCUGUGCCGCUUCCGGAAGCUGCACUGUACCCGCAACUUCAUCCACAUGAACCUCUUCGUGUCCUUCAUGCUGAGGGCCAUCUCGGUCUUCAUCAAAGACUGGAUCUUGUACGCUGAGCAGGACAACAACCACUGCUUCAUCUCUACUGUGGAAUGCAAGGCCGUCAUGGUUUUCUUUCACUACUGCGUCGUGUCCAACUACUUCUGGCUGUUUAUCGAGGGCCUGUACCUCUUCACACUGCUGGUGGAGACCUUCUUCCCUGAGAGAAGAUACUUCUACUGGUACAUCAUUAUUGGCUGGGGGACCCCAACCGUGUGUGUGAUGGUGUGGGCUGUGCUGAGGCUCUACUUUGAUGACACAGGCUGCUGGGAAAUGAACGACAGCACGGCUCUGUGGUGGGUCAUCAAAGGCCCAGUGGUUGGCUCUAUAAUGGUUAACUUUGUGCUUUUCAUUGGCAUCAUUGUCAUCCUUGUGCAGAAGCUGCAGUCUCCAGACAUGGGAGGCAAUGAGUCCAGCAUCUACUUAACAAAUUUAAGCCUGGGAGUCCCCAAGAAAGCCCGAGAGGACCCCCUGCCUGUGCCCUCAGACCAGCAUUCACUCUCUUUCCUCAGCUGCGUGCAGAAAUGCUACUGCAAGCCACAGCGGGCUGAGCAGCACUCUUGCAAGAUGUCAGAACUGUCCACCAUUACUCUACGGCUAGCCCGAUCCACGUUGCUGCUCAUUCCAUUGUUUGGAAUCCACUACACAGUAUUUGCCUUCUCCCCAGAGCACGUCAGCAAGAGGGAGAGACUCGUGUUCGAGCUGGGGCUGGGCUCCUUCCAGGGCUUUGUGGUGGCUAUUCUCUACUGUUUCCUGAAUGGAGAGGUGCAGGCAGAGAUCAAGCGGAAAUGGCGGAGCUGGAAGGUGAACCGCUACUUCACCAUGGACUUCAAGCACCGGCAUCCAUCCCUGGCCAGCAGUGGGGUGAAUGGGGGAACCCAGCUCUCCAUCCUGAGCAAGAGUAGCUCCCAGCUCCGCAUGUCCACCCUUCCAGCUGACAACCUGGCCACCUGAGCCCUGCUGCCCUCUCCUCCUGCACAGGCCGGGGCUGCAGGCAGGUGUCUGCAGCGCAUGUUUGAGCCUCUUCUCCCUCCCCUUGGGCAGGUCCUAGCAGGAGCUCGGCUCCUCCUCAAGGGGGAGAAGGAGGGAGGGCACAAUCUGCUACCGUCCCCCCCGUUUUGGUACUGGCCCCACCCAUCACUGUCCCCUGGACCCUGACUUGACAUGUAAAUACCCCUCAGAUUUGGAAGUCUGUCCAUCCUUGCUUCUCUCACCUCAGCCAGGCUCCAGCUCCACCCCAACGUCUGGCCAGCCUCAGCAAUGGUCUGACCCCAGGCGUGAGGCCUUGUGAGCUGAGGCUGGAAGGACCCUGCUCUGGAGAGUUUGGGGUGGUGCCUGCUAUGGCAGCCCCCUCAUGUCUGACUUCAGAUGUGGGCCCUUCUCAGGCCUGGGCUCAGCGUUACAGUGUCCUAGCUCCUGUGUGCCAGGGCAAUGGGACAGCUCCAGGGCUUUUUCAGUCAGAGACUUCAGUUGUGGGGUGGGAGCUGAGGGUCAGGGAAAGUUCUGGUGCUUUUCAUUUGAUCCAAGAAGAACUGAGAGCCAGAAAUGUGAGUAGGACUGGGAAGGAGAUGGAAGAGUUUGGGAGAGCCAUGGAAGAAGACCUUCACCAUCUCUGUUGUUCUACCCCUGACUCAAAAUGGUCAUGGUUCAUCUGGUAGCUACCAUUCUACCCCUGCUGUCCCCAAGGGAUAUCCCAGAGAAGCUGCUCCCCAAUCACCCCUUACCAUGGAGAGUCUAGGUCUCUGACCCAUUUCCCCUUAAGUCAAAGCCAUGACUAGAAUGAACCAGCUGCCUUCUUGUGAUGUCAGCGAGUCUAGAAGCACCUUGCACCUCCAUAUGCCUAAGUCCCUGGCCUUCACCCUCCACCUUCAUGGAUGAUGAGCCCCAGAUGCUAGUUCUUCCGGCCUGGACUCAGCUACUGAACUUUCUCAGAUACUUCUGCAAAGACUUCCUUGAGUGCCCUUGGCAUUGGAUCCUUGCAGGCUGCUAGGAUGUCCUUAGGGGAUGACUCACCCACCAUGUCCGUUAGCAGAAGCUGCUGAUGGGUGGAGUGGCUACUCCCCAACAUCCAUCCUGGCUCCCAGCUGCAGGUUGCACAGCUAUGGACUAAGAAUUUAAAAGCAGGUAAACAUCAGGCUCUGGAAGGCAGAGGAAAGUGCUGGUGUGCCAUGGCCCAUGUGCCCUAGUUCAUUCCAUCAGCUCUUGGUCUUGUUCAUGUCUGUAUGUUUGAGGACUUGCUUCAUGAUCCUUUUGUGGAGUGCUUGGGGAGUUUGGUAGAGGGAGGUUUUGCUUUGCUGAGUUUCAUAAAGAGGAAGGAGCCCUGGGAACAUGAGAUGGUGUUUCAGGAGAGGCCUGCAGAGUGACUGGCUAGGGCUAUGGUCACUCUUCUUAGAGAUGAGUCCUGUGACCUUGGCAAUGAAGUAAGGCCCAUAAAGCCAAGUGGAGAAAGGACCCACUGCUUUCCGGGCACGUGUAAUGACUCUGGCCACAGGGUGGGCAGUGGCCCUUCCACCCUGCACCUGACCUUAUCAUCCCCUCCCCUUCCCUAGGGGCCAUGUGUAUUACACAAGCAAGUAUCUGCUGACCUUGCACUCGAGACACUGCUGGGAAGGAGCAGUGGCCUAGGAUUCAGAGACCUAGAGUCUGCUCCAGUUGGGUGUAGAAUACUAUGAUUAUGAACAUGAUGCUCCCUUUUGGGCCUCCAUUUCCCGUCUUGUGAAAUGAGGUGGCUUCUGUUCCUUCUCCAGGCUCUGUGCUCAGCAGUCUUCCACUCCAAAACUAAGGCAGGUAGAUGGGCAUGCACCAAUGUGUGUAUCAUCUAAGGUUUUGGGGUGUGUGUGUGUGUGUGUGUGUGUGUGUAAGUAAGUAAGGUGGAGAAUGCUGUUUAUUUUCCUUUUCGUAGGAACCAAACUCCUCUGUCUUCUGUUUGUACACCACAGUAGUAGCUGGCAUCCUAGAGGGAAGGCUCAGGCCAGGGACAGUUGAAGAGGUGCCUUAGGCAUGAUGUGGUGACUCAUCCCUCUCUACCUGGGGUGGGUACCAUGACUGGUAUCCAAGCAGUCCACUGGCCAUGGACCGCAUUCAUUUGCCCUCACCCCACCAUCAGGUCUGCUUCACUGUGGAAGAAGAAACUGUGACUUUAUAGAUAUAUAAUCGCAAAGCAGCAAAAACAAAACCUACCCCGAGUCCCAUGUCCUGAACUGUUUCCUGAGCCUUGGGCCUGAGUCCUCCUAGAGGUUUAGGCUCCUAUUGGUUGUUUUUCUAACAAAGCUUUUUGCCAGUCUUAUGAGCAGAUGUCCAUAAUGUACUCUGAAUGUCCCAGGAAAUUCUGGCUUUCAGGGAAACAUGCCGUGGGGAACAGCAUGAGGUGUGGGCAAAACCUUUCCCUCUCUGACCCUCUGUUUUCAAAUCUGUACAAUGGGCAAUAAGAUUAGAUGAUUUGUAUGUAGCCCAGUGCAUCCCUAGAACCCUCUGUCUAAACACCAGCCACCCACUGGGAAUGAGCCCUGGGAAGGAUUGACUGAGGAAGGGUAAGAAGCUGCUGUGUGAAGAGGCCUUAGGUACUUGGCAAAGCUAAGGCUGGAGAGGAGUGACGCACUGGAACUCCAUGCCCUGGAGGAUCAUUUCUGGGAAGGCUCUUGUUCUAUGCAGUCCUAAAGGACGGACCUCACCCACCACAGGAGACUGUGACCUCUCCUUGGAAUAAGGAGGCAUAUAGUUCCCUGUCAUGACCGUCUAGCUAUGGGAGUGGCAGGCAGUGUGUGGAGAGGGUCUCUAGUCCUAAGGGAAGUAGGGCUAUAGGUCAGGGAAUCUGAAGCCUCCGGUGAGCCAAUGAAGGGUCAGAGUGGGAUUUGGGAGGUUCAGCCCUCUUGUGGUCCCAGUACUGUGAGCCUCAUGACUCACCCCCAACUUGAAGCCAGACUGUAUUCUCUAUGGGCAGCACUGUGAGCCUUCUUGACCUGUCCAGCAGCCACAGUGAUUCCGUCUCUUACCCUGUCUUCUCUGAACCGGGUUCUUAGGCACUAGAGUGAGGGAGCCCAAGCUGGGCCCAAAGCUGGAAAUUUACCUGUGUCUCUUGUCACUCACCAAAGCCUCAGCCUCUUGAUGUGCCCCUCUCUUCUGUGAGGAAAGGCUGGAAGAGGCUGUCUCUUUAAUUCUUUGAGAACCCUUACGUCCUUCAGGGCCACUCGCAAGAGAAAGCAAUGAGUACUUCGUCACCCUCACCUCCCACCUGAGCCUAGGAAACUUAGAAACCGGCUGGAGGAGCCCAAGCAGGGAUCUGGGGCCUGGACUUAGCCCAGCGUUGCCACUGACCUGCUGUUUGAUCUUGACUCAUCCCCUAUGCAUCUUUGGGGAGAGUCACAAAAUGCUACAGCUGGGAGAAACUUAAGACCUCCUCCUUGGGCUGAUAAGGAAACACAAGUGAGCCCAGCAUAAAUCUGGAUGAGGAAAUGGCUCCCCCAAUAUGUGCACAGCCCUGUACAGGACCAGGACAGCAUCCAUAGAAUUAACGCUCCUCCUUGUGCAAAAGACAGAUUCUGGCUAUGGAAGGUUGUCGGGACUUCAGACUGUAGAAGUAAUGGAGUCAGCAUGGUAUGGGAAAACCUGUUCUCUAACCUGGGCUUCACCACCUGCUCUGUGACCCCAGGCUCACCUUCUCCGGCAUCUGCCUCCCAGUCUGAGAAAUACGGAGGAUAUGAUUGCAUCAUCUGUCCUACAGGCCAACAUGAAGUUGAAGUGCGAGAAAGAACUUUGGAAACAACACAGAUGUGGGCUCGUUGCUGGGCAAAGGCUCCCUGAAAGGGACUCCUUGCUGUUUGUCUACUGCUUUGAGCCCUUCUGGAUUAACCUUUACUCCAUCUGUAAAACCACCAGCACUGGGGGUAAGGGGACAGCCAGAGGGCUCUGGUGGCAGAGUUCCAGCUUUGUCUUCAUCAGUUUGUCCAUCAUCAGUUUGUUUCUAGAUUAGAAUGGAGAGAAUUCCACUUGGUUGUGGUGAGCGUUGCCAUGCUACCUUCCUGGGAAUCCUUUAAGGACUUGGGACAUUCCUCAGAUGGGCAGCAUGCCCAUUCCUUCUUCUUUCCCCAAACUCCAGGUCCUGGGAUGUGUCUGCCCUUGUCCAUGUGCGUCUCGUCUGACGUCUGUGUUCUGUGGCUUUGCAUCUGUCAGGCUGGGGUGGUUGGUGCAGCCCCCAGCAUCCCAGACAUGGCUCCCAGCUCAUUCAUGAGAGCUGGACCACCUGGAUUUCAUUUCCCACAAUAAAGAUGAGCCCCCAGACCUUACUUCCCCCACUGCCACCACUAAUGCUGUGCUCACAAUCUUGUCCAGGAUUUUAAGGAUGUCAAAUUGCUGUAGAUGACUCAAUAAAUGUCUUACUAUUUUUCCUGAA